AGCCGGCUCCCGGUCCGCUAGCGGCCGGUUCUGGUCUGGGGAGCUUCCGCUGUCCGAGCGGCCGAACCCCGGUCCGAAACCAUCCGGUGUGGAGCCGCGGGGAGCUUAAAGAGAGGUUCUGAUAAAAUGGCGAUAAAAGGUUCCGAUCAGGAGCAGCUGGACGUCCCGUUUAAAGAUUAAUAAAAUAUAAUGUUUAAUAAGACCGGAGAGACUGAUGUUUAGUAAUAUUUAGAUUAAUGUAAUGUUUAAUAAUAUUUAAUAUAUAAUAGCAUGGUAUUUAAUGAUGGAUGCAGUCUGGAGGUCCUGUAGGAUGUCUGGUAAUGUGGACUAGGUUCUGGUUCUGGUUCUGUAGGACCAUCAUCUGCCGGUGCCGCUAAAAACGGAACACUAUUCUGCAGCUUUUAUUCUUUUAGGUCAAACUGACGUUGAUCACGUGACCCGGCGGAGCUCAGCGGAUUGACGGAGGUCAGAGGUCACGUGACGUCACGGUGCACUGACCUUAUAUGGGUGUUUGACGUCAGAUAAUGCAUAAAUGAGGGGGCUACUGAACUCACCUGCUCAAGUGCAGCUCAGCCAGAGUCCGUUCAAACCGAAACUCCAGUUGAGUCACCUGGACGUGGCUCCGCCCCCUCGCUGCUCACCUGACUCAGAGUUCUACCUGCAGGUUGUGUUCUGCUGAUCAAAAAACUGAUCAGCUGCUGGACAGAACUUUAACUUCUACACAGGAACGCACCUGUUCUAGCGCGGAAACAGAACCAGAACCCAAAGAAAACCAAAGUAAAACAGAACCAGAACCUAAAGAGAACCAAAAUAAAACAGAACUAGAACCUAAAGAGAACCAUAAUAAAAAAGAGCUAGAGAUGUUCUGUUCUUCUCUGAUCUCCACCUUCAGGUUCUUUAAAGAAUCUCCACUGAUCCGUGUUCUGGUUCUCAGCUGAUGAAGGAACCAUUUCUGGUGUCCCUGUUUCACUGGAACCAGAACCACUGGAACCAGAACCACUGGAAACAGAUCCACUAGAACCAGAACCACCGGAAACAGAUCCAUCGGAACUAGAACCACUGGAACCAGGGAAGAUCUGAUCAGGCUGAUCAAUAACUUUAGAACUACUCAAUAAUCUUCAGUUUAUCGCUCAGGUUUCAUUUCCUCCAUCGGUUACUGAGAUCCAGGAACUCUGCAAUACUACAUUUAGUACUACAUUUAUCCUCUAGUACUACAUUUAGUACUGCAUUUAAACUCUAAUACUACAUUUACCCUCUAGUACUACAUUUACCCUCUAGUACUACAUUUACCCUCUAGUACUACAUUUAUGCUCAAAUGCUACAUUUACCCUCUAGUACUACAUUUAGUACUACAUUUAAACUAAUACUACAUUUACUCUCUAGUACUGCAUUUACCCUCUAGUAGUACAUUUAGUACUACAUUUACCCUUUAAUACUACAUUUACCCUCUAGUACUACAUUUACCCUCUAGUACUGCAUUUAGUACUACAUUUAUCCUCUAAUACUACAUUUACCCUCUGGUACUACAUUUACCCUCUAGUACUGCAUUUAGUACUACAUUUAUCCUCUAAUGCUACAUUUAUGCUCUAGUACUGCAUUUAGUACUAUAUUUACUCUCUAAUACUACAUUUACCCUCUGGUACUACAUUUACCCUCUAGUACUGCAUUUAGUACUACAUUUGCCCUCUAAUGCUACAUUUAUGUGGCAGUAGAGGUAGACCGAUAUAUCGGCCGGCCGAUAUUUUGUGCCGAUAUAUGGACUUUUUUCAAUAUCGGCCAUCGGCCGAUAUUUACAAAUAAAAAGCCGAUUUGUGAUCAGGCACCCGUACGGGCAGCUGCCCCGACCGCUUUUCCCUUAGAAGGACCCCCGGCACUCAGAGAGCGGAGCAUGAGCGGAGCGAGUGAGCCAGGCAACAACAAGCCUCGCUCCACACCUGCUUAUUUGGUAAAAAAAAAAACAGAUUAAAGCGUCGGAACAUUUCCUCCUGUAGACCCGCCCCCUUCAGGAGGAAGACUCUCUUUAGUGAGGCCUCUAUCUGCCCCUCAGCUCUUCGUCGCCCUUGGCCCGGUCCAGAGUUCGGCAUGGAGGACUCGGAGGCGGAGCUGGCGGUGUCGGAGUCGGACGCUCUGGGCGCUGACUUCAUCACGGUGGAGCUGGACACGCAGCCCAUCGAGUACGUGGUAAAGUGGGCCGAGGUGGGCUCCAAGUUCACCAUCUCCUGCGUCAAGAAGGACUCGGACGAGGCGUCGGAGCUGAUGGCCGACCAGCUGAAGAUCGAGACGGACGAGGCGUUCUUCGCCCCGUACGAGGAGGUCUACCCCUGCGAGGUGAUGGAGCAGAGCGUGGAGAUCAAGACGGACUCCGACGACGAGGAGGACGACGUUGACGAGGAGCAGGAGGUCCUGGUGGAGGCGGGAAGCAGCCAGCUGGAAGGCGACGGCGACUCAGACCAGGCCGACUUCGAGCCGGACGAGCGACAGUACCGCUGCAGCUACUGCGGGAAGAGCUACAGCCACGCCUCCAGCCUCUACCGCCACCAGCAGACCCACAGCAGGACCAGCACCCCGCCCACCAAGAGGGCCCUGGAGCCCACCCACCAGGACACCCGCUACACCUGCCCUCACUGCGGCAUGAGCUUCAAAGGCAGCAGGAUGCUCGGAAGUCACCUGCGGCUGCACGGGAAGCGGCGGAUCCACCCGUGUAACAUCUGUGGGAAGGAGUUCAAUCACAGCUCCAGCCUGUCCCGCCACCGCCUCAUCCAUAAGAAGGGGAAGAGCCUCCCGAAGGACGCCGCCCUGGGCGCCAACACGGCCGCCCUGCGCCACUCGCUGAAGGCCGGCAGCAAGAACAAGAAGACCAAGAGGCAGCAGCAGCAGCACAUGGCGGCGGCCGCCAUCAUCCAGAACCCAGGCGGAGAUAAGUUCUACGCCUGUCCGCAGUGCGACAUGAGCUUCAGGACGUCCACGCAGCUGUCCAAGCACCAGGUGACCCACGUCAAGGAGCUGCUGGACAACUACACGCCCGGGAAGGAGAACCUGGGCGAGACCUCCUCCGACCUGAAGAUCCGCCUCAAGCUCUGCUCUCGUGACAAGCCCAACUUCUACACCCUCUGCAAGAAGAACCGGCGCCGCCAGGGCAGUCGGGCUGGCAAACGUGGCCCCACCCCCUCCGAGGAGGAGAGCGGAGGGGGCGGGGCCGGUCGCCACGGCUGCGGCCAGUGCGGGAAGCGCUUUAGCCAUGCCUCCAGCCUGGCACGGCACCAGCAGACCCACUGGGCCGGCGACGACAGCGGGAGGAGGAAACUACAGCAGCACCAGAAGACCGGACUCGACGCCAAGACGAAGACGUACACAUGUGCGGCGUGCAACAAGACCUUCAUGCACUCGUCCAGCUUCUCCCGCCACAAGAAGGCGCACCUUGAGGAGGAGCAGCGGGCCGGGGCCACCACCAAGCGCCGUAAGAGACCCGUCCUAGACGAGACCGCCCCGCUGGAGUCCGACUCGGAGUGACGGCACCGCGCUCUGGACUGGGUUUGGACCGGUUCUGGAAAGUUCUACCUUGGAAAUGUUCUGGCCAGUUGGGACCGGUUCUGGUGGUCCAGGUUCCGGACUGGACCCGGUUGGUACCAUGGUGUAGAUAGCAGCAGGACUUCCUUAUAUGGUUGUAUGGGUGGGCGUGUCUACAUAGGGUCACAUCCAUAUAUGGUCAGAAGUGACCGCAGUUCAUCACUCUUACGAAUGGGAUUAGAUUUACAGCCCUGCCCUCACUCCAUUUCCCAUCAGCCCCCUGGACACAGAGACGGUCUCUGCAGAGCAUCAUGGGAAACCGAGUCCUGCAGCUUCAGACGCAGCCGCAGCCGCUCUCUGAUUGGACGAUUCCAGUUCACUGACAACAAAACCCAGACGAUGAACAAAUGAUCGAUCAGUCGAUUGAUCAGGUCCACGAAUCUGCAGCUGUUUUCAUUUAUUGAUUUAAUCCUUUAUUGAUCAAUUAAUGGAGAAAGAAUCUGAUUCAGUGGCUUUGAUUAUUGAUCACCAAUUACUCCACCGAUCAAUCGAUUAUCAGCAUCUCUGCUGAUUCCCUUCAGUUUGUUUCAGUAACUGAUCGAUCACUUGUAUCAAUCACGUUCUGUUCUUGUCGUCAGUGAGCUGAACCAGUCCGAUCCGAUUCUUCGCUUGUCUUUGUUUUUUUUCUCUUCUCCUUUUCCUGUCAGAAGCCACCGCCCACUUCCUCCCUGAGUGAUUCUGAUUGGCCGAAGCGCUUAUUGGCACAGUGUUCUGAUUGGUCGACUGCACACAGACUGUAACCUGCAGCCAGUCGGCCAUGUUUGUAGUUUUAUUGGAAGUUCAAAGUGCACUACUUAUUUAUGAAUUGGAGCGAUGUUGUAAUAUAUGAAUAUUAUUGAUAUUUAAUGUCACAGUUUAAAAAAAGAAAAACAGGAGGGCGUUACCAUAGCAAGAACACCGCCACCCUCAUCCAUCAGCGUCGCCGUUAACGUUAAAGCCUCCAAUCAGAGGGUUUGAACGUGUCCACCAAUCAGAUUUAAACACUCAGAAUCUGUCAAACUGUUUAUUGGUUGAAUCGAAAACAAUGAGGAAAGCAAAGGUUUGUGGGUAAACCGACAGGAAGUGAUGUCACUGUGACAACGUUUCUGAAAGUAAACAGUUAAGUGACAGAUUUGAGCUGAAUGUCAGCGGGUUCUCUUAUUUGGGUUAAACUGGAUGAAAAGUCGUUGCUGUGAUCAGUUAAAGUUCAGCGUGUUUUUGUCGGCUGAAUUAUUUAAAGUCUUGGACCAAAUGUUUCCUGCAGCUUGCACCAAAUCACAUGUGGACGCCGGCAUGAAGCCCUGCCCCCUUCGCUCUGUGUGUGAUUUCCUGUGAGUCGGUUUGAUGUCACUUCCUGCUCCCACCUUCUGGUCCGGUUCUGCUCCGUUCUGUCCAGGUUGGAUCCAUGUUGUGUUGGUUUGUUUCGGUUCCGGCGAGCUUCAGAUUAAAGGUUCUCAUUGUAUCGUGUUCUAGAAAAACCCAGUCAACAUGUUGGUCUCGUUUUGUAAUAAAAUAAUAAAUAAACUUGAAAAGAAGUUC